AUGUCCGGGAUAUAUUCUGUCGAAGAUUUGCUGAAGUUGCGAGCGUCGCCGUUGAUAUGCAGACCGCCCAACCUGCCACCGAUAGAAGAAUGGAUGGGAACACAGGACACAAGUAAUAGAAGACCGGCAAUUCGGGGAAAACCAGAUGAACCAUCUGUACCAAAUGAAACAUUCCAAAAGAGGCCGACAUUACUUGAUAAUCAGCGUCGAACAACUACCGACCCAGAUCGGAUAGUACUCGGUCCGCCUCGUCGUUCUUUUGCUUCUUCAAAUGCUCGCGCGGCCGGUAAAACUCAAGAGGGGUCGGAGGAAUCAAACAGUAAAGACAGCAGCUCCUUCCACGAGAGAUCCAGGAAUGGUGACGAAUCAGAGUCAAGGCCUUAUGAACGGAGAGCCACGCAGUCGAACGGUCGGUUCGGAAAUCGACAAGACAGUGAGGACGCAGAGACGGAAAACCGCCGAGACUAUGAUCGAAGAUUCAAAUGGGCAGGAAGAGAUAGGAGUGACCAGAACUUGGAAGAUGAUCAUGAGGAUUUAACGCGAACUGGGUUCAGACGAGAUACACAUUCAAGAGCCAAGCUGUCACAAUCAUGGUUUAAGAAAGAUACAGGAGAUGGAGAGAGUCGACGUGAUACCGACAAGUCACAGGAUUGGCGCAGUGGUCGAGGUAGAGAUCGAGAUUGGGAUCGGUCUGUCAAAGCUGAAGCGGAUCCUGAAUGGAUGGAUUCUACAGAACCCGACGAACCAUUUCAGGUCCAUACUCAGGAAGAUUUUCAACGUUGGAAGGAAAAGAUGAAGGCGGGAGGAACCACAUCUCUUGACAAGACCGAGUCUGGUGUGACCACCUCGCCCACAGAUAAUGUGCAGGAAAAGCCCGCCAAGAAGGUUGUUCCAGUGGAACCAGAUGAUUCGAUGGACAAAUUUUUUGCUCGGUUCGAAGCGAAAGGGACUGAGCAGAAGACCGGUGCGGGUAAAGUGCACGGAAAGACACGCUUUGCCUCUCUUUUCAGUCCUCCAGCUGAACAAAACAAACAAGUCGAAGCUCCUCCGAUGCCCACGGCAGAGAGACCAUCAUCGGCACAAAUUCCAAGUUCUACAGAUGCGGAUCAAGCCGGAUUCGCCCGCAUUCUGGAAAUGUUACAAACUCGGAGCAACAAUCCAACGCCUCAGAAUCAAGAUACUGCAAAGCCCAGGACUCCACUACAUGCUGGGGGCACGGGGUCCAAGGCUGAACCUGAGGCGAGACCGUCAUCUCAGGACUUUCUUUCGCUUCUGGGUGCUCAGAACGCACCUCGACAAUCCGAACCAGCUCAGAGUCAGCCACCUCCAAACCACGAAAGAUAUGCUGAGCCGAGAUCUCCUACCGAACAACCUCCGCAUACACGACAACAAUCCAGUAUCAACAAGGACGAAGUUCUGUUGAAUUUACUUCGUCAGGCAAGCCUUGCGCCAAAGCCUCAGCCACCACCACCACCACCUCCUCCUCCUCCUCCUGCUCAUCAGCAAUCAGAAAUGGGAGCUGGAGCGAGAAUGCCUGGAUUGAAUGAUCCCAAUAGCCGAUCAAGAGGACAAAUGAUUUCUCCUGUUCAAGGCCAAGGUCAAGUUCAAGAUCCCAUAAUGAUGAUGCAACGACGAGAGACGGGACGUUCCAUGUUUGAUGAAUCUCCGAUUUCUAUGUAUCAGAAUGAACCAGGACCUCGCGAAGCACUUUCCAGACGACCCACCAACGGUACACAACCUGGCUUCACAGAUGAUGCAAUGAUGGCGAUGCUCCGGACCCAGAGACUAAUGCCACCUCCACAACAUCAAGGACUUCCUCCAGGCCUUCAACGACCUCCCGGGUUAGAUCAGUUACCGCGACCAAAUCCAACCUGGCCUUCUCAACCACCUCCACGUCAGCCGUCACUUCCUCCAGGCCUGUCCAAUGUUCCGCGAGGAGUCCCAAGCAGCAGUUUCAUGCAAACACAGCAGAUAACCAAUCAACAAAAUAUGCAACAACAACCCCAGCAGCAGCGACCACAGCAGCAACGUAAAUACACUGGAGAUUCAGUUUCGACGCCGGGAGUGCCAAAUCUUCCUCCGGUAAUGUAUCCGCCACCAGGGUUUAUCGGCGCCGGUCCUCCCCCGGGUUUUCCUGGUCAUCCGGCCAGAUACCAAGCCGAAUCUGCUCCGCCGCAAGGAAUCAGUCGAGUGUUUAUGGAUAUGUAUGGUGAAAUUGGUGGCAGAGGGUUGGGAUUGAGAGGUGGUACUGGAAAUGGGGGAAUGCCUCCUUACAGAUGA